CUCUCUCUCAGGCCUGGGCAAACAGUGGCAUGGUAACACAUUACUUUCCACUUUCCCUUUUGCCCACCAACCAGCCUUGCUGUCCACCACCUCUUUUCACUCGCUUUUUCUCCGUCUCCCUCUCUUUUCUCUCAGUAGGCAGGGACACAAGUGUCACAGAGGAGUCAAAGUUUAACGAUUAAAACCUCUCCAGUUAACUCUUCUCUUUUGAAGCAUCUGACACGACUCUCUUAACUCCUGACCACAGGGACUUUUACUUCACAAAACUACUGUGGUGUUUCAAUCAUUUACCUGUUUUUUUUCCUCUCGGAUUGAAAGGAUGUUUUCUCUGCUACUUCUCUUACUUUCCCUGCCACCUGCCUUGGCCUUAGAAUGCAGUAAGGAUCAUCAGGAUGGUUAUCAAGUUAGACUCAGUAUCAAAACAGCCCUUGGAGAUCAAGCAUAUGACUGGAACGAGAGUGAGCUGUUCCUCUUCAAGGCCACCAUUGCCUUUGCCAUGAGAAAAUACACCAAAAAUGAAACAUAUGAUGUUUCGAACAUUGUUGUGUGCAACGAGACACCAAGGGUUUCCUUUUGGUUCAUUGUGGUAAACCCUGAAAACCCUACGCUAGCAAUCACAAAGACGAGAGUGGAGGAAGCAGUAAGGGUGUCUCGCAACCGCAUAAAUAAUGCCUUCCUGCUAACGGACAAGACACUGGAGUUCUUGGGCAUCCCACCAACAUUGGCAACCCCCGUCACACCUGCCACUCCCCCCUGGCUCAUUGUGUUCGGGGUGGUGAUUGGGGCGGUCUGUGCUGGCAUUGUUGCUUUGCUCAUAUCCUCUUUUGUCAGGGGGAAACGUGCAAACAAGGCUAAGGAGUUUGCUGAAGAGGAUGAUCAAGCCAAAGGAGCUGAUAAGGGGAUCAGCGGCGAGACAUUUGAGGACAGAAAUGGUGUUUAUAACCAGGCCUUCUCUGAUGAUGACCGCUUCACCCAGCUGUAAAAGCCUCUGUGAGCCAUAAGCACAUAAGGCUACCCAUGCGGGAUUCACAAAUCUUCACUCCGGUGGACCUCGAUUCCAUUCCCACUUCGUAUCUGUGAUGUUACAUGUAAACCUUGACAAUGAGUCAUGCUCAGGUCAUGAGACAUGAUCACGUGACCCAAUACCACAAUCAACUGCCAAUAUUUUGUAUUUAUUCAAUUAAGCCUAUGCAGAACAGCAACAGCAAAGCACUUUUAUCCAACUCUAUUUACUAUAAUACUACAAUGUAAUACAAUAUCAUGUCAUUUUGAAAGUUUUUUGAUACAUUUUUUGGAAAUGUGAGUUGCACAUAGUGUAAGUCUUAUACAUUCACUGAUUUAAAGACUGAAGUUCUACUUUCAGAAAUUUAUAUUUUGAAAAAAAAAAUGUUUUUGAGUGAGUUGUACAUACUGUGUUUCUCAAGGCCUUUCUGAUUUCGUACUUUCCUGAUGCUUGUUGGCUUUUAUGGCUCGCCAGAUAAGAAUGUUUAGGUGUGUCGAUGCUAAAACUCACUCACCUGAAGACAUUAUGUAACAUUCCAACAACUAUACCAGUAACAUCUGGGAAAAGUGCCUCUGGGCUACUUACUUGGUUUCCUAUGCAUAGACCAAGGCUGUAUAUAAAAUAAAAUAAAAAUAAAAAUUAUAAAACACUAAGCUAAAACUGACAUCAAAGAUUAUGUCAGGAGGAAUUAAUGGAAUUGUUUCCUGCUAAUCCUUUUUAGCGGAGCUGUGAAUAAUCCAGCCUUGCUUCCUACUUGUGUCUCACCAUGGCUUUUGAAAGGGUUCAUUAUUAACUUUAUCUGGCUGGUGUCAGAAUCACAUUCCUUGUUAUUGUGCCCAUAACUAAUUUAAUGACUUCUUCCUUCAAUAGAUGCUUAUCAGCUUUUAGCCUGCCCACAGGUUCUUGACUGCCAUCUUGUACUCAAAUUAUCUCUUAGUCAUUGUUGUAAAUCUCAGAUAAGUUGUUUUGUAAUGCUUUAUAAGCAGUAUGGCAUGGCAAAAGAUUAACUGCUCCUGUUAGAUAUGUACUCCUGAUUUUUCAUCUGUUAGUUUAUAUUAAAAUAAAUAUGUACUUUCCCAUGCUUGAUAGAA